AUGAAUGACAACAAUCAAUUAUUACAUUUAGAUGAUCUACCUAAUGAGAUAUUUCACUAUGGAAUUUUUCCUUUUUUUUCAUGGCAAGAAUUAUAUUAUUCAUUUUUUGGUCUUAAUAAACGUAUUAAUAAAAUUCUUCAAUCAUUAACACAUUUACAUUUUACUGUCGAUUCCUCGAAUCAGCAUCAUCCGGCACUUUCUUUUUUUGCUCCAUGUAUUAUAUGUCUCACGGUAUGCCUUGGGCAAUUUGAUAUAACACCAUUUUCAGCUCUUCGUUCAUUAACUCUUAAAUAUCCAAGUCUACAACAACGAAAUUCAAUUCGAUCUGAAAAUUUUCCUCGUCUUGAAUAUUUAAAUCUUUCUUAUCCACUUGAAGAUUCAAUUCUUUUAAAUUUAAUCUUUUCAAAUGCUUUUGAACAUUUAAAAGUAUGUCAAUUCGAUCGAACUUCUACUGAUCAUUCUUGGAAUGGUUCUCCAAAACUUCGUUCCCUAUCAAUUAGUGUAUAUGAUUCAUAUGGAAUUAUUUGUGUACUUCGUGCUUGUCCAAAUAUAUCUCGAUUAAAUAUUAUUGUAUAUGAAACACCUCAAAAAAAUCUAUCUCUUCCACGACAUUCUAUUUCUUGUGUGAACUUACUUCUUCAAUAUCUCUUUAUUCGUUCGACAUUCGAAAUACUUGCUGCGAUUUUGAAGCUUACACCUAAUCUUAAAUGGCUUACUUUUGAUGAUAUUCGAAACUAUAAGAGUGAAAAAAAUCCAGGAUUGAAUUUCAAAAUUUUGGCUAGCACUCUUUCAAUUCUUAAACAACUUUCUUACCUUUAUUUCACAAGUGGAAUUUCGGCUUGGAAUUCACGUACACCUUUGCAUACUUUGCAUCCACUCUUUAAACAUGUUAAAUAUGUUAACUCAUCUACAGUUAUUCUAUCCAGUUCUGUUAUAUAA